CGAAUUAUAGGCGUGAAGCAAGUUGCCAGCUGCGGUGUGUCUGGUUUCCUUGCAGGGCGGUGCAGCAGCUCGGUUUAAAAGAGUCCACAUCUGGGGCAGGAAGCCUACACUCAGCUUUAAUACGGCAGCGAGUGCCGACUACUGCAGUCGGCUCUUUGCGUUGAUUUGCAGGGCGGAGCCCGGCUGUUUCUGUUUAAAAGUGGCAUGAAAAGUUGGAUACUGUUUAUGGCUAACGUUAAUGGCACAACAAGAGGACUUGGCUUUCAAAAGACAAACUUCUCCAUACCUGAAACUCGACGUCUGCUCAGCUAGAACACCUGGAUCUGUCAUGACGCUUCAGAGGACUGACUUGUUUAAAUAAAUGCUUUAAAGCGCACAGUGGACACAAGCAGCAAUUGUCUGCCUUCAGUUGAUAUUGUUCCUAAUUCUUUGUCAUUAAUCAUGGUUGGUGGAGGAAGUGCUGAUCUGGCCCCAACAGCCGCUGUCAAGAUCUUUUCAGCCGGAGCAGCUGGCUGUGUGGCCGAGCUGGUCACUUUACCUCUGGACACAGCCAAGGUCAGACUGCAGAUUCAAGGUGAAUCCAAGCCCUCAUUGAAAGGCCAGAGGAUAAAAUACAGAGGGGUGUUCGGCACUAUCUUCACCAUGGUGAAGACGGAGGGCCCGAGGAGUCUGUACAGCGGACUGGUGGCAGGGCUGCACAGACAGAUGGGCUUCGCCUCAGUCCGCAUCGGCCUGUACGACAACAUGAAGCAGUUCUACACCAGAGGCUCAGAAAAUGCAGGAAUCGGGACUCGGCUGCUGGCGGGCUGCACCACCGGAGUGAUGGCGGUGGCCAUUGCGCAGCCCACUGAUGUGGUGAAAGUCAGGUUCCAGGCUCAGGUCCGCCUGCCCGAGAGCAACUCUGUGAAGAGAUACAGCAGCACUUUUGAUGCCUACAAGACCAUUGCCAGGGAUGAGGGCAUUAGAGGGCUCUGGAAAGGUUGUCUGCCAAAUAUAACUCGUAAUGCCAUCGUAAACUGCUCCGAGCUGGUGACAUAUGAUAUCAUUAAGGAGCUCAUCCUCAAGUACGACCUGAUGACAGACAAUAUGCCGUGUCACUUCACAGCAGGCUUCGCGGCAGGUUUCUGCACCACCAUCGUAGCAUCUCCGGUGGAUGUGGUAAAAACACGCUUCAUGAAUUCAGCCCCCGGGACUUACAGCGGUGCUAUUAACUGUGCAUUAACCAUGCUGACGAAAGAGGGACCCACAGCUUUCUAUAAGGGAUUUGUGCCCUCCUUUCUUCGCCUGGGUUCCUGGAACAUUGUGAUGUUUAUGAGCUAUGAGCAGAUUAAAAGAGCUGUCAUGAGAUUUCAACAGUCCCGGGACUCUCCGCUCUGACAUGUCUGACAGCUGGUUUGUCACUGGGUUGGUGUUAUUGUUGUAGCAAAGCUAGGACUUGUCUGCACCAAGCGGCACACGCGUAGGAGAGACAGUGUGGUUAGACUGCUGCUGGUCUGGACCUGUUUUGCCUCAGGGAUUAAAUUGUACAUUUAAUUAAAGAAGCCUAUCUCAAAGGAAAAACUGCAGGGAUGAUUAAUAUUGAAUUGUUACUGACUUGCACACAUUAUUCAAAUAGAUCUUUUCUAGCAAUGUUUCUAAUAAUGUUUUCAAUUGGCCUUUUUCACAGAAAAGUGCGAAUGAUAAAAAAUAAUGUUUGGCAGGUCCUAGUAUUGUGCAUGCUGACUCACUGUCACACUGUCAUGGCUACAGGGACACAUGAGUAUAACUAUUCUUGUGCUUUUCCUACAAUCACAAAUCAAAAUGUCUGCUGAGAAAAAGGCCUCUUUACAGAGUGAAGUCUGGUGUGGAUGGGGAUGCAGGGUGUCCCCAAGUCAGAUUUACAGUGCUGUCUAUUGAGCACAUUCAUUUAUUGGUUUAUUGGUCUUGGUUGGGUAUUGCAUUUAAUAUCUGGUUUCAGGUGAAACAUUCACGUUUUUAUGAUGUGAAAAAAAUGCAGUCUUUCAUUUGAAUGUACCUGUUGAAGCGGGAGUUCUCUGUUUUCCAGAGUCUCUUGAUCUUUAAAAUGUCAGAAAAUUGUGAAAAAUGCUCAUCACAAUUUCAUCAGAUGUCUUGUUUUGUCUGACUAAACACUCCCAAGACCCAAAUAUAUUCAGAUUCAUUGUCACACACAACAAGAAAAACCAGCAAAUCCUCACAAUUGAGAAGCUGGAACUGGGAACAUUUGAUUUGAUUGAUUAUUGUUUUUCUGUCAAUUGACUAAUUGAUUUAUCAAUUUAUCAUGUUUGCUCUAUUAGGAUUUAGCCACAGUUCUGUAGGCUAUACUGCCAAAGUAAAUUUUAGGAAAUUACCACUUAAAACCUAAAAAUACCUCAAAUGUAUUUAAUUCCUUGUAUCUAUGAAUGGUACACAUUACAUAGAAAUUGAAAAGUCUAAAUGUAAUACUGUAUGCAUCAACGAAGCAUACAAUUAAAACAGGACACUGUAACCACACCAACAAGACAUAAUCCACACGUGGAAUACAGUAUAAAUGGAAUAAACCAAAAAUAUAAGUUUAAAGUCUGUUUCAAAGGGCUUUGUCAAAAAAGAAAAAAAAAAGUUCAACAUUGAUCCACAUUUUGUACACGACAAACCCGGCCAACUGUCACUCCAUACCUGCUCUACUACCGGAGGCUGUUAUGGAUACUCUACUGUAUAAUCCCUUUUAUAUGUGACCAUUCAAGGGAACAAUGCCAAGAUAAAACACCCCCUAACUGUGAGAUACGGCUCAAUGCUGACACUUUUCAGACAUGACUCAGGCUUUUUUUUUUUUUUAUAACAGCUGAGUUUAUAUUAAGAAUAGGCUUUAAUGUGUUGCCAUAUUUUUUAGAAUAUGGCCCAAUGUCGCUUGUUGUAUGCAGUCAUUUAAUAUCAUUUUGGCAAUUAAAUAAUUAUCAUUUGAA